GACAGUCAGCGACUCGAGUUUCCUUUACCAGUUGGCACUGUCGCGUACGUCCGUUUCUCUGUAGUAUCAGUGUAGUCUCCGUUGAAUGCAAUUGUUUUUUAAAUUCAGACGACGUAACUUUAUUUGAUCGUUUCUAUAGAAUUGAUAAGUAGAGUAUACUCUUACAAACUUUUUAUCAGUUGCACGUCUCAAUGGACUCUAUUCAGACUACGGUGUCCGGAUUUUCUCUGGACCUGGGACCACUGAAAGAACCACUUGGCUUUAUCCGUGUACUAGAAUGGGUUUUUGCCAUUUUUGCCUUUGCCACCACUGGAGGUUACUCUGGGACAACUCACAUCAAGGUCAAAUGUCCUACAUCCGAAGAGACAAUCGUAAAACCUGUGUUUGGCUACCCAUUCAGGUUGUCAGCAUAUCCUUAUGAGAUGCCUACAUGUAACGGCAGUCACUCCAAUCACACCUUCCUCCAGGGAGACUUUUCCUCCUCUGCAGAGUUCUUUGUGUGUGUGGGUGUAUUUGGUUUUCUCUACUGCACUGCUACGCUGAUUCUCUACUUGGGCUACCAGCAUGUCUAUCGCCAGACUACCCGUGGUCCCUUUAUUGAUCUGGUGGUGACCGCUGCCUUCGCCUUUCUGUGGCUUGUGUCUGCUUCAGCCUGGGGCAAAGGCCUGACUGAUGUCAAAUGGGCCACAAACCCAGACCACUUGGCGGAGGGUUGUACAUUCUGCCAACCAGGAGACUUUCCUGCCAUGGGACGCCUCAAUGCAUCCGUGAUUUUUGGAUUUUUGAAUCUGAUCCUUUGGGCAGGUAACUGCUGGUUCAUUUACAAGGAGACUUCGUUCCACAAGGAUCCCAGCCCACCUGCCACCAUGGAGGAAGGAGGGGUCCCUGGACCCUAAAUCAGAGGCUGGUUCACUGGUUCUACUAAAAGAAGGCAAUCUCCUCAGUUUCCAUUAUGAAUUUUCAUCUAGUUCUCCAUUGAUGUCACAACUGUUUUUAUUUUUUUUAAAGAGCUCUUUUCUCUUCAUACACUGCAGCUAUAUUCUAAAAUGCUUACAUGUGUGGGAUUUAAACCUGGUCGUUAUAAAACAGCAGGGUGCGUUUGCUUCAAGAAAAGUUGUUUGGUUGGAAAAAGAAGUUAAUUUAUGGUGGUAUGAUGUCAAUGAAAGAUGCUCUUGAUGCAUUCAACGACACAAGUAGCCUGUAUCAUUUUUGGAAAUAUGGAAUAUGUAAAAAAAAAAAAAAUUAAAAAGGCAAAUAACCAAAUCUGCAUGAAAGCACUCCCAUUUAUUUUUCAGAUUUACUGAUCGUAAUAUACUGAUUAUGUAACAUGUAUGUAGAACAACAACUAUUUUUGUAUUUUCUCAUCUAAAGCAUCUUCGCAAAAGACCCACAGCAACUAUACCUAAUAAAACUGAAUUGUGUAAGCAACAACUUCCAGAAAGUAAUCUACUGUGCUUUCGUAUAUACUGUAUAGACUCCAGACAGUAAUGCCUACUGCCAAAAUGGUAGUAUUAUUCUAUCCUAAAGGUUAAGAUAUCUUAAAAUGUCUCAUUUCAACCAGCAAACGUUAACAGGCCUUGGCUGUAUAAAACUACUGACAGAAUGCAUUCUUGCAUUUCUGAACUGCCUUCAAGGCUUUCGGAGCAACUAAUCAUUCAAUAUCAACAGCCAUGCGGCCAGUAAUUUUUUUUUUUUAAUUGAAAGACAAGUAUGAAGUAUUAAUACCCACAGGUGCUGCUGUUUUCAGAUGAUGAUUCUUUUUCUUUUUUUUGUUGUCAAUAUCACUGUUAAUUCCAAACACUAUUGCACCACAAUCUACUGUACUUCUUUACCCUUCAAGUGAGAAAGUUGAAAUAUUAAUAUAAGAAAAAAUAGUUAAAUCAUCACUUGGAAGGCCAGUAUUCUGCUUGGAUCUGGAACAAGCUUUUGUACAGGACUACGGUGGAAUAAUUUCUAAUAUAAAUCUUUUACACAGUUUUACAUUUAAUCUGUGCAACAACACUAAGAUUGUCUUUUGUCAUAACUUGCAGUAACCUUACUUGUGUGCAAACCACUCAUAUUUUUUAUGAUUGUGUUGUUUUAAGUUGGGUGUCUGUUUUCAUCGUCCCACUGGGAAAAGAUAUUUGUGUGCAGCUUGUUUUUAUUUCUGUAAUUUGGUGUUCAAUAUACUUUGCCCAUGCAUAUCUGUUUGCAUGACUGAGCGAUUAUACUGUAGGUCAAGUAAAACCAAAAUGUGGCAUAAUAUGUUCAGUGUAUCUGACCCUGCUGUUUUCCAUAUUCAGUUGUAGCAAUCAUUCUACCAUCUAAUAUGCAAACCCUCCCAGGCCAACCACUGUCUUAAGUGCCUUGAAAGAGAGUUUUUUUUAAAUAUAUGCAUGUGUGGGUCGGUUUUGCAUAUAUUAGGUAAUUUACUAUUUGUUUUACAUACAGAGGGAUCUACUAAUUAUUGUGUAACUGUGUUAAGUGUCUUGAUUAGAAAUAAUUGAGUAUCAAUACAAAUUAAUUAAUAAGAUAUAUACAUGACUGUGGCGGCACGGUGAACGACUGGUUAGCACAUCUGCCUCACAGUUCUGAGGACUGUGGUUCAAAUCCCGGGCCCGCCUGUGUGGAGUUUGCAUGUUCUGCGUGGGUUUUCUCCAGGCACUCCGGUUUCCUCCCACACCCUAAAAACAUGUGUGGUAGGUUGAUUGAAGACUCUAAAUUUUCCCGUAGGUGUGAAUGUGAGUGCGAAUGGUUAUUUGUUUCUAUUUGCCCUGCGAUUGAAAGAAAAUGGAUGGAUGGAUAUAUGACUGUCAUUUGAGAUACAAACAAAUGCUUUCAGUUAUCUCAUUGCAUAUUUUUUUUUUUUUAUUUUAGUUUGGGGUGUGUUGAUGUGUUACACAUUGUUUUGACUGUACUUGAUAAUUUAUGUAUCCACUGUUAUUAUUUUUCCCCUCUUGAAUUUAGAUUGUAGUUAUACUCUAGAGACGCAUUUGCUUCCCCUAUGAGAACUUCAUCAUUAUAUAACUUUCAAAAUUGUUCCAGUGGUUCUCUAUAUUUUUCCUGUCUAAAAAGAAACUAAAUUUAAUAUAAUUUUCAUUUGUAGUGAUCUUUAUCUAUAUUAAUACAACAGUUUCAUUUGCUAAUUUCUAUUUGAGAAUUAUUUUACCUCUGUUUAAAAAAAAAAAAAAAAAGCUUUUCUGGCUCUGUAAAUAUACUACGGAAGCGUAUUGCAUUCACUUGAAUAAAUAAAAAAAAAACUUCUACAUUUUUUUGGAAUAUAGCUUUCUGUUUUUGAGUAUUUCUCUGUUUUUCUGAGUAAUCCCCCCCGCCCCCCCUGUUUUUCUGACUAAUUAUUUUCCACCUUUUUUUCUGACAAUUUUUUUCUGAGUUAUCUGGACACAUCGAACCCACGUGAGAACCUGCGAACUGCAAGUGCCUCUUUGCGGACUCCGUAGUAAGCAACAUGACCGGCUUAUUUAGUUUGAUCAAGUUUUAUUUCAAUAUGGGUUUAAGACACUGGGAGAUACUCCUGUCUUUGAGUCACAUGAGUCGAUGGUAUUGUUAUUAGUAGUUAGAAAAAAAAUUGUCCGAAAAAUGGGGGGGGUAUUAGAAAAACAGGGAAAAAAAUUACUAAGAAAAACAGGGGAAAAAAAUUGUCAUAAUACGGGGGAAAGAAAAUUCGACAGGAAAACUGAGAAAAAGUCAGAAAAACAGAAAGAAAUAUUAAUAAAAACAAAGCCCUCAAUAAAAUUACUCAGAAAAACAGGAGUUUUUUUUUUUUUUUUUUUUUUUUUAAUGCAAUACGCUUCCAUAAUAUAAAGACUCGUUCCAAAAAAUGUGAAUAUCAUGGAAACAUAAUAGAUUAUAGAUUCACGGCCCACAAUUUGAACAAUUUCGAAUAUACAUUUGUUUAUUUUUACAUAAUUUGGGCUUCCAGCUCAUAAAACCCACGAAAUCAGGAAUUCAAAAAAUGUUAAUACUGUGAAGAAAUCAGCCCAAAUUUGCAGGCCAUAAAUGUUUUAAACUGUGUCACACACGAAUCAUCUACUAAACUCAAAGCACCUGCACAGUUGUCAUUAAAUUGUUUCCAUUUGGUUCAAUUGUCUCAGUUGGGUUCAAUAUGGGGAAGACUGCAGACUUGACAACUGGCCAGAUGACCAUCAUUGAUACCAUCCAUAGGGUGAGUAAGCCACAAAGGUUAAUAGCUGAGGAGGCUGGCUGUUCACAGAGUGCUGUGUCCAAGCAUAUCAAUGGAAAGUCUAGUGGAAGGACAAAAUGUGUCAGGAGAAGAUGCACCAGCAAAAGAGAUGACCGUGGGCUUCAGCAGAUUAUCAAAUGGAGAAGAUUCAAUAAUCGAGCAGAGAUCCAGAAAGAGUGGAAUGAGGUGGGAGUCCCAGCUUCAAAAUCCACCACAUUCAGACGCAUCCGGGAGAUGGGCUACAACUGUCGGGUCAAGACACUUCUGAGCCUGAGCCAACGUAGGAAGUGUCUCAACUGGGCCAAGGAGAAGGAGGACUGGACUGUUGCCCAGUGGUCCAAGGUCCUCUUUUCCAAUGAAAGUAAAGUGUGCCUUUCAUUCAGGAAUCAAGGUCAAAGGUUUUGAUGGAAGACAGGUGAAGAAUAGAAUCCAAGCUGCUUGAGGUCCAGUGUGAAAUAUCUACAGUCAGUCAUGAUUUGGGGUGCAAUAUCCAGUGCAGGUGUUGGUAAACUCUGCUUUCUUAAAUCCAAGGUCACCACAACAGUCUACCAGAAUGUUUUAGAGGACUUGAAUGAUUCCUUCUGCUGACUUGAAUGAUUCCUUCUGCUGAGGAUCUGUAUGGAGAUGCAGAUUUUAUCUUCCAGCAGGACCUGGCCCCUUUCCAUUCCGCCAAAAGCACCAAAACCUGGUUUGAUGCCCAUGCCAUCACAGUACUUGACAGGCCAGCCAGCUCGUGGAUCUAAACCCCAUUGAGAGUCUAUGGGGUAUUAUCAAGAGGAAAAUGAGCGGCACAAGACCCAAAAACAAAGAAGAACUGACAGCAAGCAUCAAGGAAAUCUGGGCUUCCAUAACUCCCUGACAAUGCCACAGGCUGAUUGCCUCAAUGCCACGGCGCAUCGAGGCAGUGAUUAAAGCAAAGGGAUUCCCAAUCAAGUACUGAAGCUUAACACCGUUUUAAAAGUACCAUAUUUUGAUUGAUUUAAUGUGACCCUAAUUUCUUUUUUUUUUAUACAAAAAAUGAGAAGUAAAUGGUGAUUUCUUCACAGUAUUCUAAUUUUUUGAAUCCUGAUUUUGUGGGUUUUAUGAGCUGGAAGCCCAAAUUAUGUAAAAAUAAACAAAUUAAUACUUGCAAUUGUUUAAAUUGUGGGCCCUGAAUCUAUAAUCUAUGAAAGUUUAACUUUUUGAAUGGAAUUAUGGAAAUAAACUUUUCCAUGAUAUUAAAUUUUUUUUGAAUGGGUCCAUAUAUGGGGCACCGUCAUAAACCACCCCACCCUGAGAUAUUGAUCGUCUUGAUGAUUGGUUGAAUUAAAAACAAAUAGCGUUUCGCUUCACCUGUAUUGAAGUAAGAUGUACUUAUGAAAGCUCCUUUGGCUUCAGACCUUCUUGGACGUCAAAGCUUCAAGAGAAAUGUCAGUGGGAGGUUAAUGAAUGUCACUAUUGCACAGAGGAGUAGUCUGAUUCUUAAUUCUUAAUUGAGUUUUACACUGAUUGAUGCCUAUGUUUUUAAGCAUGGUGCAGACUUAACCACUUAGAGGGAUUAGGAAGGGCCAAGCUGUGUUCGCGUGUAGUAGCCUGUGACUCCUGAUCACCAUGAAGAACAGACUAACACGGUCAUUUAUUCAGUCAGAAAAAGAGAUGCAACAUAUAAUAAAAUGACUGCCUCGUUUGGAUUAGAAACACCCAAACCAACAAAAAAAUGUGCAUGCAUGAAAUUAUCUGUUCCACAGUUACAGAGUAAACACAAUUCUCGUAAAUCUUUGAAGGCCAGAUGUUAUGAAGUUUAAUCAUAAUGGAAAUUGUAUAUUUUUUGCAUGUCUAAGACACAAUUCAUUGUCACCAUGCUUUGCAGAAUAUUAAAAAUACAGUGCUUACCAAUUUU